CAGUAUCCGAGCGUACGUAGACCCCGCAUAUUUUGUUUGAAGGUCAGAUACUCAAAAAUCUACGAUAGUGGUGCGGGCAAUUCCCGUCCCUGUGUCAGUCGCGGUGAAUCCGGCAAAAAGCUAGAGGUGUCAUCAAAGUCAACCGGCGGUGAUGAAGCAAAAGGGAUUGAGGCUAUUCGUGCGGAGAGGGCAGCAAAGAAGGCCCAAGGUCAAGAGGACGUGGCGAUAUGUAGCAAUCUGUGGACGAAACGUGACUUGACAGAAGACCGUCCUGUAAGCUCCUUGCAUCACUCAGAUAAAAUCUUUCUGACUAUCAUGGACUUGUCAGGCGCUGCGCGGUCGCGAGAUCCAAAACUGCAGCGGAAAUCGAACAGGCGGAAAUCUACUCUAAAGGCCAGCACCGAGAAAGCUGCUCCAAGAAAAUCCGCGGCAAGGUCGACUGUGUCAAGGAAGGGGGCACCAAAAGCUUUGAGGAAAGCCGCACCAAAAGGUAGCACUCCGAAGAAAGCUGCCCAGAAAGCCGCGCCAAGGAAAACUACUCAGAAGACCGCACCAAAAGAACCCGCUGAGAAAUCUGUACCAAGGAAGGCUACCGUGAAAGCCGCAGCACCAAAGGGCAGUCGCUCCGAGGAAAGCUGCGCCAGCUCUCUAGAAGGCCACGACCCCCCGCGAAAACGGCCGCCGAGAAUGGACGUAAAGGUCGUCAAGUAUACAGACAUCUUGUUUGGCACCGUUGAGGGCUGA